GUUGUACUUGUUGUUGUUCUUUACUGGCUGGUGAACAAUUUUUUUUGUUUUGGUAUGUUUUUUCCAAUUUUACCAUGGAUUUCUGUGAAUUUAGUGCAUUCUGUAAUUUUUGAAGGCAAUUAUCGUUUCCUCCCAAACAAUUUCAUGCAUCACAGUCACUUUAGAGACUCGAAGCGUUCAAAUCUUCAGGGAAGACAAACCCUCAAUGGGGCAGUUCUAUUUGCAGUUCUAUUUGCAGUUGUAAAUGCGAAGCGGAAGAAGCUUUAAGGAGUUUAUCAGCCUCCAAAACUGUGCCACCUGUUGAUAUGGCCUCCUCAGCAAACGACUGCAGCAAAGCCAGCACAAGUGCCAAUAAAAAUCCUGCACCUGUGGACUCAACAAAUGUAGCAACAAAUGCAUCUGCUGCACCAUCGCCGUCACCUAGGCAAAAUAAUCUUCAACGAAUUCAGCAACGAAAACAGCAAGUCUACAACUGGCAGUCAGCUAAGAAGAUAUUAAAACUAGCCAUUUAUUCAGCGUGUCAGUCAGAUGGCUGCAAGUGCACAGGUUGGAAAGCGCCAUUGUCACCGAACAAAUCACCAAGAGUGGAUGUCGCCACUCAGUUAGCUAAUUUUCCGGACCCAUGUCGAAAUUGCACACAUAUCCUAGGAAAUCAUGUAUCCCAUUUGAAGACCUUGCCGGAGGAAGAAAUAAACAGACUACUAGGGAUGGUUGUAGAUGUAGAAAAUAUUUUCAUGUCAAUGCACACGGAACAAGAUGCGGACACCAAAAAAGUUUACUAUUUUCUUUUUGAUCUCCUUCGACAAUCAAUUGUGAACCUAAGGAAACCUAAAGUUGAAGGGCCCCUGGGUCAUCCACCUUUCGAACAGCCCAGCAUAGCCAAAGCAAUUCUCAAUUUCGUGUAUUAUAAAUUUGCUGAUAAACCUCAAGUGGAGUGGCAAAUGAUGCAUGAUUUAGCGAAAAUGUUUUUACACUGUUUGAAUCAUUGGAAUUUUGAAACACCCUCAACCAAAAAAGCAGAUGCUUCAACAGAGGAAGAUGCAUCAGAAAUGACUGCAUAUACAACAAACUACACCAGGUGGCUGAUAUUUUGUCAAGUUCCAGCUUUUUGUGACUCACUUCCACAUUUUGAAACUGCUCUUGUGUUCGGGCGGACGUUACUUUGUGCUGUGUUCAGGACAGUUCGGAGACAGCUUAUGGAAAGGUGCCGAAGUGAUCGGGAUAAAAUGCCACCAGAAAAGAGAGAUCUUGUUCUUACACAUUUCCCCAAGUUUUUAGCACUUGUAGAAGAAGAAAUUUAUUCAGAUUCGUCUCCCAUUUGGGAUCCUGAAUAUCGACCUGCUCCACCUCGCCACCUACAGUCCUCAGAAAAAGGUGUCCGCCGUCCAGGUGAAUUUGAGAAACUGACAGCUCCUACUAAUGAAAAAAAUAAUUUUUCAACGGUUAACAUCAGCUUAGGGAUGGGGAAGAAGUUGAAAUUAGACCCUUCCUUAGCUGAUGAUUCUCAAAAAGAGACUAGUGAAUCAAAAAAUCGCUCUGAUCGAGUGAGUGGAGCUGACAGCAAAAGUCGGAAGUCGGAUCCACUAUGUGGCCCUGAAAUAAUAGGGGAUCCAACAGAGGAGGAAGUUGUUGAAAUCAAUGCCAAAAUCAACAAUCUGAAACAGAACUGCGGCCUAGAGGCUGUUUUUGCUGACAAUGGUCCCAGAGAUGAGCUACCCAAAAUAGAAGAAGCAAGAGGAAUGAUCGAACUUCAGUUAGUUGGUAAUAGUUUAUCACAGCCAGUUAGUCAAGACACUAUGAUGUGGCUGAUAGGUCUUCAAAAUCUGUUCUCUUACCAAUUACCAAAGAUGCCAAAACAUUACAUCACUAGGCUGGUUUUCGAUCCGAAACAAAAAACACUAGCUUUGAUAAAGCAUGGUAGACCAAUCGGUGGAAUUUGUUUCCGCAUGUUUCCAGAACAAGGAUUUUCAGAAAUAGUUUUCUGUGCUGUCAGCUCAAAUGAGCAAGUGAAAGGAUAUGGUACUCAUCUGAUGAAUCAUCUUAAAGAUUACCACAUCCAGAUAAAUAUUCACCAUUUUUUAACUUUUGCUGAUGCUUAUGCCAUAGGUUACUUCAAGAAACAGGGGUUCAGUAAGGAUAUUAAGCUGAAUCGAGCCGUCUACCAAGAUUUAAUAAAGGAUUAUGAUGGUGCAACGCUCAUGCACUGUCAGUUGAAUCCAAAGAUUGUUUACACUGAAUUUACCAGUGUUAUUCGCAAACAGCGUGAGAUCAUCAAGUAUAUAAUUGAAUCAAGAAAUUCACAAGCUCAACAGGUGUAUCCAGGGUUGACUUGUUUCAAAGAAGGCGUUCGUCCAAUUCCUGUUGAGUCAAUCCCUGGUAUCCAAGAAACUGGUUGGCGGCCUGCUGCGCGCAUGACUCGAGUGAACAGGAUGACGGAAGAAUGUUCUGACCCAGAUACAUUAGCAAAGAAUUUCAGUAUUAUUCUCAAUACUAUAAAAAAUCAUGAUUUUGCUUGGCCUUUCUUGGAGCCUGUUAAGACUGAAAUUGCUGCCGAUUAUUAUGACCACAUAAAAUAUCCAAUGGAUUUGGGCACAAUGACUAAACGGCUGAAAGCUGGAUACUAUGUCACACGAAGAUUAUUCAUAGCUGAUAUGACCCGUAUAUUUUCUAAUUGCCGGCAAUAUAACAAGCCUGACACACAGUAUUAUACUUGGGGUAACACGCUAGAAAAAUAUUUUCAAACUAAAAUGAAAGAAAUGGGUCUGUGGGACAAAUGAAUUGUUCUCAAUGGUAGCUCCUUCAAUAUCUUUGUCAAAUGCAUUUCACCAAAGAUAAGGCAGAAAGAAAACAGGAACUGAACAGUAAAUAUUUCAAAGGAAGAAAUUGGCUCUGAUGGCAUUAUUAAUUUCAGUUAAUUAAGCUUGAGCAAGCUUACCUAAUUUCUCAGUGAAAAAUUGUGACCUAGAUUAAUAUGAUGGGUCAGUUGCGCUGGUCACAGAAUUGUGUUUUGACGCUUGAUUCCUGUAGAUUAGCAAAAAAUAAUAAAAUCUGUCUAAACCACAACUUUCUACGUUCAGUAUUAACCAAGACAUUGCACUUUGACAAGUCAGGCUUUUGACGUCAUCCACCGCCCCAGUGACACCCUUGGUUUCUUCCUCUUCUGUUCGAUCAGUGGUACAGAGAGUGCACCGCAAAACUUCAACGACAUUAAACGUAAACAAACUGAAGAAACAGGAGGAUUCGCACUUUAAAGAUCUUCUUAUCAGGAGAUAAUGCACUCGCCGCGAAGAGAUUAGGCGGUCAGUCAGUUCAACUCUGUUUGUUCACGUGUUCUGAGGUUUCGCGUUGCACCCUCUGCAUCACUGAUCAAACAAAAGAGGAAGAAACCAAGGGUGUCACUGCUAUGGUGGAUGACGUCAAAAACCUGACUUGUCAAAGUGCAAUGUCUCGGUUAAUAUUGCACGUAGAAAGUUGCGGUUCGGACGGAUCUUAUUAUUUUCAACUAACCUACAAGAAUCAAGCAUCAAAACACGAUUCUGUGACCAAAGCAACUGACCCAUUGUAUACCUCUCUGAUCAAUCCUUUUUUGGUUGCUUUGAGGGGAAUCUUCAAUAGCUUAUGUGUUGCAGUCUCCUGGCUGACUUUUGAAGUGAAGCACACCAUUCUUGCGUUUUUACUGAUUUGAAGUGUUGCCAAUCUUGUUUAGCCUUCUGUUUCAAAAAAAAACCAAGAUUGUUGGUAGGGGCCAUAUUCAACAAAUUUCGUUGGAGGAGGGAUGCUCAUUAGUUGGACUGAGUUUAACUAAAAUGAACCAAAUCAUAUCCAAUCAAACUGAGAAAAAGAGGUUUGGAGUUUGAUGCCUCCAUAUGACUUAAUGUUAUAGGUAGUGUUGACACCUUUUUUCAGUCAGAAUUUUUUUUCUCGAUUUUGAAUUUUUGUCAGGAGACAUAAGAAAGUUGGUUAAGUCGAAAACCACUCCGAACACUGGCCCCACGCCCUCUCCCAAAAUGUGACUUACUUCUUCUCUGUUAAAAUCAGUUCUUUUUAAAUGAUGGACAAAAAGAAAAUUUUUAGGAAAGGUAGCAACAUGAGGGGCAACUAAUAAUUUUCUCACUUCAGUUUGUACUCGCUGACCCUUCUUAGUAACAUUUAGCAUGGAGUAUAUAUUGUUUUUUAGGCUCAUUUUAUUUCACAGCCUGGGUAUGUGAAAGGUCCUACAAUUUCAUCAAGAGAGAGCUCUAAGAGUUCGUGCGUUGAGAAUCAAACUUAUCAGCCUUUAGAUUGAAAAAUAAGGAAUUAACUAAUUUUUUUGAACUAUUUACAAUUUUUAUUUCAGAAUGUGUGGUAGAAAAAUCUAUAUUUCUGAUCAAUGAUUUGUGAUUUUUAUGUGACACAGACAAAAGAAAAAAAAAAUGAAUCAUUGCCAA